CGAUACCUCAAUACCGUUCAAUGUGGAUCACAAUAUCACUGUCAUCACUGUAUAGUGAUCGAUAGUGAUGCCCUCUGCAGGCAACCAAUUCCAAUUCCGUAGCCAUUUGUUAGGCACGUGCAAUUAGGUGCAGGGAUAUGUUAAUGAUGUUAAUUACUCAACUUCCACAACGUGUGUGCUGAACGCCCCAGUUACAAAGGAGAGAGGAAAGAGCACGGAUCAGGAGAAAAUAGCACAAUAGAUGGAUAUAAUGGAAUCAUUUUCUGAUCUGAAGUUGAACUCGUGGAUCGUUAGACAGUGCGAAGCAAUGGGUCUGAAGCAUCCUACACCCAUCCAGAUUAACUGCAUUCCACGCAUUCUUUCUGGUGAAGAUUGUAUAGGAUGUGCCAAAACUGGUAGUGGCAAAACAUUAGCAUUUGCUCUUCCAAUUCUACAGAAAUUGUGUGAGGAACCAUAUGGAAUAUUUGCACUUGUGCUUACGCCCACAAGGGAGCUCGCUUUUCAGAUUGCUGACCAGUUUGCAGUAAUUGGGAAGGCAGUCAAUUUGAAACAGUGCAUAAUUACUGGUGGGAUGGACAUGGUGCAGCAGGGGCAGGAAUUGUCCAAGAAGCCGCAUAUUGUCAUUGCCACCCCUGGAAGGUUAGCUGAUCAUUUAGAAAGCUGCAAUACGUUUUCACUGAAGAAAAUAAAAUUUCUUGUAUUGGAUGAGGCAGACAGGCUAUUAGCUGGAGGAGGUGGUUUUGAUAAACAGUUGAAGAUAAUCUUCAGUGCCCUUCCUAGAAUACGACAGAACUUACUGUUCAGUGCGACAAUUACAGACACAUUGGAGAAAGUGAAACAAGUUGCAAGUAAUAAGGUUUUCAUGUGGGAGGCACCAGCAGAAGUGGCAACAGUGGAACAGCUGGAUCAGUUUUAUAUUUUAUGUCCAGUGAAUGUAAAGGACAGUUACCUGGUUCAGACUGUACGCAUGUUUCGAGAGAAGAACGAGAAAGGCUCCAUCAUGAUCUUCACCGAUACAUGCAAGAACUGUCAACUUUUAUCCAUGACCCUGAAUGAGGUUGGGUUUGAGAAUGUAGCACUGCAUGCCAUGAUCCGCCAGAAAGAACGGCUGGCGGCCCUGGCACAGUUCAGAUCCAACAUCAUCAGGAUCCUUAUAGCCACAGACGUUGCAAGCAGAGGGCUGGAUAUACCAGCUGUGGAGUUGGUAGUGAACCACACAUUACCGAAUCUUGCCAAGGAUUACAUUCACCGGGUGGGCCGUACAGCUCGAGCUGGACGCUGUGGCAUGGCGAUAUCUCUGGUCACACCUCAUGAUAUUCGGCUCUUGCAUUCUAUUGAGGAAGCCAUCAACACGAAGCUGAAAGAACAUGUGGUAGAUGACAAAGAAGUGAUGAAAAUCCUCAUGCAAGUGUCAGUAACAAGGAGAGAGGCAGAAAUCAAGCUGGAUGAAACAAACUUCUAUGAGAAGAAGCUUAUCAAUAAAAGGAAAGAUCUCAUUCUGGAAGGUAAAGAUCCUGAUGAAGUGGAGGAAGAAGAGGAGAAGCUGAGAAUAAAAAGGAGACGGAAAAAGAAAGCUGAUAAGAAGAGGCAAGAGCAAUCAUGAUGAGCACAUCGCAGCUGCCUGUUAUGAGUGAUGUCACACUUAGGUAAGGGCAAUAUGCACUGUGAUGGAUUUGGUCCAGGACAAAAAUAAGACCCAAAGAUGAAACUAGAUAUGCAAAUAAUUAUACAAAUGUAACAUCUGAGGUUCUCACUGCAAUGACUGUGAAGACGUAUUAUCUUCUGGGAUAUGAUGCAAUGUGAUUUGGUGGAAAUUUGUCUGUGUUCCUCCAAAUUGUUAGUAAACUUCUACCGGAUGAGACAGCAUCGCAGCCCAGAAGAUGUUACUACAAAUAUAUACCACUUCAGCAUCAAGCUUUAUUCAGAAACUACUCUUUUCAGUCUUUGAAACCUGAAAUUCAUUUAAAUAAUACUUAAAAAUUCAGUUCCUAUGUCGGAGAAAAGACCAACCAGUUACUGCUGUUCAGGGAUAUCACUGUUUAUUAUGAAAAUCAUAUGAACAACACAGAACCACUGUGUGGCAAAAAUUCAGAGAUUUGUAAUGUUGAUGUAGGUGGUACAUAUAGUAACCAAUAUGCAUUGUAAGGUUAAAUGUGAAGUACAAUUAAUGUGGUGCCUUUGCUUCAUUAAAAACAAAAGCUAUACUUA